GUACAAACAUCUCAUAUCAUUAUUUAAUGGAAUUGGCUGGAUACGUAAGAAUUCCGUGUACAUCGUUUGUCGGGACAUUUCAUUAGCUGGGACUGUCGUUACUAUAGCGACAAAGAUAGUGCAAACAAUAGCUUUCCACAAUAAACGGGCAAUAUUUUGUUUAGGCUUUUUGCAGAAGGAUGACUGCACUCACUCAUUAACCAUACGAUUGUAGUGAUAUUUGAAUGAGGAAAGCGAUCCUCAUAGUCUGGGACAUGUUCUGGUUGUGACCAAAGAAGAUUUCCAGGAAGGAAGAACUUCGAGCUAUGAUGAUAUCAAACUGUUUUGGAAUGAAGAAUAUAUUUACAGUUAGUUUUCUUGGAUAUGUUCUUCUUAACUUCGAUUGCGUCUCGGCGUUUACUGAAACAGUUCUUAAUGCAGUCAUCCUUGGCCAUAAGGGUCAUGUGAACGCAAGCCGUUUCCAACAGAUCUCGGAAGCCCUUUCCGCCUCGAGGAACACGUCUUACUGCCGGGUGAACUUUACCACCGUCGAGUAUGAUACGACCAAUGGUAGUGCUGUCUACUCAAGUCUCAAACACGCCCGAGCGACGUUUGAAGACACACGGAUGACCGUUGCAAUUGGACCCCAGAUUGAUGUAUUUACGUCUCCUGAUUACGUGAUAAUGCACCAGAUCCACUUCGUCACCUCCUCGGGGCUCCUUAUGGACCCCGGGGAUAGGACUCUUCCCAUACUCCCAGACCCGAAGUCAUUGUCAAAUGCCAUCGCCGAAAUUGUUGGAUUUCUUGAAUGGAAUAAGGUUGCAUUUCUUUCACAAGAGGACUUCUCCCCAGUGCUGGCCCUCGGGGGUAAGAACGUGUUUGUGUCGCCAAUACGUCUGCCAUCACACAUUACUUCCUCCAAUAACCCGCAACUGAAGGCAACCCUGACCACUCUCAGGGAGUCCCAGAUGGACAAGUUCAUACUGCAUUCCAUGGAUAAAAACGUUGUCAAGCAUGUUCUUAUAGCAGCUCAAGAUCUUCAUUUGUUACACCACUCGAUUCGUUGGUUCAUUACGUACUUGGACUUCGAUGAAAUAGCAAGCGAAAUAGUGGGAGUGGCGAAAGUGUAUGGUUUGCAGCUGCUUGAAAAGGACAACUUUCCUAAAGAGAUUGAUGGCCUGUUUAAGAACGAAUUGUCCCGACUAGAACGAGGCUUAAUGGGUGACGUCAUUGGGAUUCUUCACCAUUAUCUCAGAGCGCAUGCUCAAGAUUGUCUCGAUGAACCAGAUGAAAACAACACAAUGUCCGCAGAACAGUUCAAAGAGGCGCUUAAGAACGAAACAGAUAUAUACCCCAACGUUGACUCCUACACCGGCGCCCUCGGCAACUAUAUCUGGCCGAAAGGCAGCAAGGACGUGUCCAAUAUACGGAACGAGUAUAGUAUCUACAUCUACAGAUACAUAGGAAGAAUGCUGAAGUUCGGUCAGGUGAUUUUCCAGCGGAAGUCCCAGCAUCCAAGGGUGAUCAACUAUAUCUCCAAGGAAGAGCCACACGUGCCAGAACCGUUCAAGGACAAGUACUUCACCGUCAUCGCGAAAAUGGACGAGCCGUUCGUGAUGCGCACCGGCCGCCCUUGGCCAAACGACUACGAGGGUUUUUGUGUGGACGUGUUGCGGGAACUGUCCCGUCUUCUCAACAACUUCAACUACUCCAUUAUUGAGCCGGAUGUAUCCAGGGCGAAGGCUAACGGCAAGUCUGUCUGGGAUGAUAUAAUCAACCAGCUGAAAAUCGGGAAUGCUUCUAUGGCUAUCGGAGCGUUCGCGGUGACGGCGGCCCGCGAGGCAACCAUUUCCUUUUCCUACACCAUCAUUUCAUCAUCCGUUAGUCUGUUACUCCGUCGUCCACCAGAUACUGUGAACUACUUCCAGUUCCUCGGCCCAUUCUCGUGGAGGUUGUGGCUGCUGAUCAUAGGUUUUGUACUGGUUGUGGGUUUUGGUCUGUUCUUUAUGGCACGGUUUGACUCCACCCAGAACGGGUCCUCCCAGCGGUUUGAUCUCAAGGAGAGCAUAUGGUACGCCACCACCGUUCUGCUGCAAGGAAGCUCCGAGUACUCCCCACAGACCACGUGCAUGCGGACUAUCGUAGCGUUCUUCUGGUUUUGCACGCUUGUCAUCAACGCCGCGUACACGGCAAACCUGGCCGCCUUCCUGACACUUCAGCAGAAUGACGACCGUAUCAAGUCGGUGGACCACCUAGCUAGGCAAAUCAAGGUCAAGUACGGCGUACUCAACAACAGCGAUCUCAUGGAGUUCUUCAAGAAAUCGAGAGACGACCCCUAUGAGCGUAUGUGGACUUUCAUGAAACUGAACGAGGCCGUAUCAAUUCUACCGGAGCGCGCCUUCGGUGUUAAGUCAGUUCUGGAGAAGGACAACUACAUAUAUCUUGACGACGGCGUUAUCAACAACUACAUGGCUCAGAGCAACUGCGAACUCGAGUCAAUCGAGCAGAACUUCGGAGUGAAGCAUUUUAGUAUGGGGCUCCCUAAGGGGGCGCCGUAUCGUGGGGACAUCAACAGGGCACUUCUUAAACUGAAGGAGGAUGGCACGUUGGAUAGGCUCAGAAAUAAAUGGUGGUCAAGCAGCACAAACUGCACACGUGACCAGGUAACCAAAACGAAGACAAACACCGCCUCCGAGCUGAACAUCUCCAACAUGUUUGGUGUCUUCAUUGUUCUCAUCGGAUUCACCGUCCUAGCGAUAAUCUACGAGAUUACCAUUUUCGCCUGGAAACUCGUUCGAGACUCGCGAAACAAAAAGGUGGUUAUCGUUAUGUAACGUCGUCCAAUGGUGUGGACGAGGGCUUGAAACGGAACAGCCUGCCGUUCCUGCCCUCCCAGCCAAGCAUCGAACACUAGUGGUCCUUGACUGUACACAUACAUUAUACGCUCUUACGCGAUCGGCCAUGCAUCAACCGGAAGAGCCGCUAAUUCUACAUUGUUGCUAUCGGUGUGCCAACUGAUUUGGUUAGGUAGUUCGAUGGUAUUGUCUUGUGCUAAAUUAAAUCAUAUUCAGCAGCCACUUGUAUAAAUCCGCAGAAGUGUUUUAUUUGGUCAAUACUUCAAAAUUCUUAUUGAUUGGUCAAUAAUUAUCCAAUAUAAACUACUAACCAAUCAAAUCGUUUUAAUGAGUCAACUGGCCAAAAGAUAACAUGUGGACAACUUAUCAAUAUUUUAUUCGACUGGCUGCAGUACCUUUGUCUGAAAAACGUGAUCUGUAUUUUAAUUGGCGUAGUUGUGUUUUAACUUGCAAAACGAGUCGUUUCAUAGUCUUCCAUGUUUUCACUUGUGUGUAUAUUUGAUGUGUUUAUUUAAUGUGUAUAUCAUUGCGCAAUGGACACGAUGAUGUAGCAUAAAUGAUUAAAGUUAUUGAGUGUCUCAUUCCGCUAUGGUGAAUCUCCUUAACAAACUGUCUUCUUGUUUUAUACAUCUAUCAUACGUACAUACAUUACGCUAUUAGUUUUGCAUUAUUGUACUUUUUACUUUACAAAUAAAUUGACAAAUUGA